CAUAAUCUAACAGAGAAGACAGAAAACCGGAGUGAGAAUCUGAAAGGAAAUUACAGAAAUACAAACUAAAAACUGAAAGAUUGGAAAAUCAGAGAGAAACCUGUUCCAGCAGUGAAAGUAGGAGUCCUCAAAAGUUAAAAAAAGUCUAGCAGUGCAAUCUUUAGUUGCUAUUUGACCAACAGGGAAGAACAUUUAGGGAGACAAAAAGAAAGAAGAGAAUCGCCUUCAACAGCCUGUGAAAGAUUAAGAAAUGCUGUCCAAGGUUAUCUCAGCUGUGUAUUGGACACUGUGGGUCACGUCUUGUGUCGUCACCUCGGCUGAAGACCCGUACCUGACCAGAGCCCUGAGGCUUAUGUCUGAGACACCACUCAUCGAUGGCCAUAAUGACCUACCUUGGCAACUUCGAGAGCAAUUCAACAACCAGCUCAACAAAGUGGAUCUUAACAAACUUGAAACAACACACACCAACAUCCCUAAGAUGAAGGAGGGGCGGCUGGGAGCACAGUUCUGGUCAGCCUAUGUUCCGUGUGCAACUCAGUACAAAGAUGCUGUCAGACAAACACUGGAGCAGAUAGAUGUAAUCCACAGGAUGUGUGACAAAUACCCAGAGACAUUCAUGUUUGCCACCAGUAGCCAAGAAAUCACAAGGGCCUUCAGACUUAACAAGACAGCCAGUUUGAUCGGGGUGGAGGGGGGUCACUCCAUCGACAGCAGCCUGGGCACCCUGCGCACCAUGUACCAGCUGGGGGUCCGCUACCUCACACUCACACACUCCUGCAACACACCCUGGGCAGAUAACUGGCUUGUGGACACUGGAUCAGAGCCAUCUGAACACAACGGCCUAUCCCCAUUUGGCAAGCAACUAAUUCUGGAAAUGAACCGUCUGGGGAUGCUGAUCGACCUGGCUCAUGUGACUGUAGAAGUGAUGAACCAGGCGCUGGACAUGUCCAAAGCUCCGGUCAUCUUCAGCCACUCGUCUGCUUACAGUGUCUGUCCAAACAAGAGGAAUGUUCCUGAUGAGGUUCUCAGAAGAGUGAAAGAAACUAAAGGCAUUGUGAUGGUCAACUUCUACAAUGACUACGUGACCUGCAGCGAGACCGCUAAACUCUCAGAUGUUGCUGAUCACUUCGACCAUAUAAAGAAAGUAGCUGGGGCGGGCAUCAUCGGCUUUGGUGGAGACUAUGAUGGGGUUACAAGAGUACCAGAGGGCCUGGAGGAUGUGUCCAAGGUGCCUAAACUGGUGGCUGAACUACUGAGAAGAGGAUGGACUGAUGAGGAGGUCAAAGCUGCUCUGGGAGACAACUUGCUCCGUGUACUGAGUGAGGCUGAAAAGGUCCGUGACAAUCUGAGAAGCAAGAGUCCAGAUGAUGUUCCUAUUCCACAUAAUGAGGUGGAGAACUCCUGUAGGACGAGCUACGGUUACCCCACUGAUGCCGGUGCCGUCCAUUCACUCAGCACACUGGCCCUUCUGCUCACACUGGCUCUCCAGACUCUUAUCACAUUAACAGCUUUGUAGGCUGCUUAUCAAGAUAGCUGAUUGUACCUUAAACUUUCCACAAAUCUAAAUAAAAUCUGAAAAAAGUAA